AUGGCUCGUUAUAUUAUUCUUCUCGCCAUCGUUGGUCUUUGCUUAGCUGCUGAUGAAGACGUCAACGGCGCUAAUGUUUGUGAGGAAUACCUUCAAUGUUUAGAAAAGGCUCAAACUCGUUUGAGUGAAUGUGGAGCUGAAGCUGAGAAGGAGAAAAAGGUUACUUGCGAAGAUGUCAAAAAGCUUGGAGAUGAACUCCACGGACUCCAAGAGCAAAAGGCUUCCGCCAUCGCUACCUGUGUUAAGGACAAGGCUUCUACCGCUGAAGUUCUCACUGGACGUAAGGCCAAGAAAUGCUCUGCUGCUCUUCUUAAGCUGAAGAGAGCUCCAACUGAUGCCAAGAGAGAGAAGAGACAAGGAAAGAAGAAGGAGAAGAAGAACUCUUGCGUUAAAGACGCCAAGAAAUUCAAAUCCCAAUGCUCUAAGAUCGCCAAAUGCUGCAGUGCUGUGAAAGUAUGCAACACUGAGUACAACAGUGAAGACAUCGUCUCUAAGAAGAGUGAAUUGAAGGAAGCUUUCAAGGUCUGCAAAGAGAAGAACGGAGGAAAUAAGAAGCAAGGAAGAAGAGGAGGAAAGAAGGUUCAAAAGAGUGAAUCUGGCAGCACCACCGCUCAACCAAUCGCUUAA